AGUUGCAGAACAGCACAUGAUAGGGCAGUAAACUCGGUGCAUGAGUGGAGAGGGAGAGAUGGAGAGCGACCGAACAAGGGAAGAGGUGUAGAUGUCGCACCCUCUCUCUGUCCAGAGACUUUUCAGGGAGGACCGGACAGCAGGAAGAGGGAAAUGGGAGAGGAAUUUACUUUGGACCUGUCGAUCAAUUACACCAUCCUGGACUGCGCCGUAAAAACCAGUAAAUUAGCAGGGCAGAGGAGGAUGAAUCAACAGAGACAUUCCUACACUGUUUGACGUUUGCAAGGGUUUUGGGGGUGUGUGUGUGUUCAGUGAGUUAUCUGCUUGUGAUCCUGCUUUUGUGUAGAUUUAAUAUCGACUAGUUCUGUGUAUGGUUGAUGGUCAAGGUGUGUGUCUGUAGUUACCUGGAGAGACUGAGCCAGCCGUCUGCUCCUGUGGGUUUUGUGUUACCUGAGCUCCACCGGCUUGGCAGCGGGACAGCAAUCACCUUUACAAUAGGACAGGGUCCAAAACCUUAUCGUUGUUCUGAGGAACUGUAAAGGCGGUGUGUUUCAAAGAUGUGUGUGGUUCUGUGGAAGUCUUGUCUCGGAGUGGGAGGGGCCAGGAGAGGCACAUGGGACAGAGUUGGCACAGGUGAGAUAUAAAAGCAGGCGUGUGUGUGUGACCGUGUGUAUCUGAGGAUCACACUCACUCACCUCUCGUCCGUCUACGUCUGUUGACCGGAGAACAGACUUGGGGAUUAUCGGACAGUUGAUGAGCUUUAGGGCACUGCCAUUGUCCAGGGGAUCAACACACACAGAGGAGAACUUUUGAACUUAGCUGCAGGACAGAGAUUAUAGUACAGGACAGAAAUUAUAGUACAGGACAGAACUUUGGAAGUGUUCUCGCUGUGGAUACGCUUGUUGCCAUCUCUCGCACUCAGUCUUCAGCUCCCCAACUCCUGACAACUGCAAGGACUCGGACCACAGAAGAUACGCCUGGAGCUCUGACUGCCAUUCACAACUAGACCUCAACAAGAAUGGAACCCCCUCCUUCAUAACAGCUUAUAAGCUAUCAUAACAACCUGUGGCUCUUCAACAGUUCCUGUCCCAUUCAAACAAGUGAGACCUUGUUUGUGGGAGAACGGAGCGAACCAACCUGCCAGUCUCCACAGGGGGGGGGGGGAUCAUGUAUGUGCUUUGCACCCUGGUGGUACUGAGUAUCCACAGCCUCUUUAAGAGCCGACACAAGACCCUGGACCCCGGCGACAAAGAGGCUGGAGAUGGGGCCACGUUGCCUGGGGACAAGGCCCCUCCGCUGGGGGAGGGAGGCAGGGUAAGGGACCCCGAGCCUGGAGGUCUUGGAGGGGGUGUGGGGCCCAGGGAGAGAGGGGUGACUGUAGCCCUCUCUCAGGGGAAGAGGCAGAGAGCUGUAGACCGUAAGUCUGCAGGUUGCAACUGCGCAAACAAACGUAGAGGUGACCGGGAGCUGCGCUGCAGCCAGGGCAGGCUAGGAUGCCGAAGAGGCAGCCUGGAGAAUGUGCCGGACAGCAGAAAACAAUUGCAGCCGGUCCAGAGACCCAGUGCUUUGCUCAGCCCUGUGGUCAUGUUCGGAACAAAAAAGACCUGGGACCUUGGCCACGCCCCCUGUCUGCAGGAGCUCUGGAAGAAAGACGUCUCAUUGGAUGCGAGCUCAGUGGACUUCUUGAUGAGUGAUGGUGAGGAGGACUGCUCCUUCCUGUCUCUACCCACAGCCGCUUUCCCACAACGUACCGCUCUGACCACUACUGACCAAUUAGAAACCAGCCAGCACAAUCACAACCAACAGCUACUCAUACAGAAGGUGACCUGGUCCUGUUCCUGGACAUCUGCCUAUACACUGCAGGAGAAAGUGUGCGAGUUCCAGGCGCGUCUGCGACGCCAGGAAGCCUCCCGGUGUCUGCAGCUGCAGAGGCCUCAGCAGAGUCACCAACAGAGUCUUCAGGAGAAGACGAGCCUCGUACACACGCUACCGGAGGAGCUGCACACAGCACUGCCCAGCGGUGUUCGGGUAGUGCAGAGGCUGGCUGAGCCACAGGAGCAGCAGCAGCACAGCAACUGUCUCAUUCAGGAAGGAGAGCAGCUCAUCGCAGCGCUGCGCACACAGGUGGGGGAGCUGGAGGAGAAGCUGCCAGACCAGACCCAGGAGGUGGAGAGACUGCGCUCGGGGGUGGGGGCGACCGACCUGGAGAAGCACCUGGAGCUGCUGGUGGUCGAGAACGAGCGGCUGAAGCAGGAGCUGAAGGCAUGCAAGACCUCACUGCUCCAGGAGGCUCCUCCACCGGCCUGCACAGCCACUGACUGCCCCCACAGCCAGGAUGUGGAGGCCCUGCGUGAGGAGGUGUCUCUCUGGGAGAGCCAGACCAGACCGAGGCAGAGGAGGCUGGCUGAGUUGGAGCAGCAGGUCUUGGAGAAGGCCAGCCGAGUGGAGACGCUCAGCCGACAGCUGGAGGAGUCCAAGCUCCAUGCGGGGGAGAUGCAGAGGCAACUGGAGGAGUCCAAGUGUCAGCAGGGGGAGGUGGAGCAGCAGCUGAGCGUCCGGCUCAGAGACUGUGAGGAGGAGCUAGCCAGACAGGCUGCCCGGACCCAUCAGGUCAAGUAUGUGACUGAGAUAGUGGAGGUGGAGUCGUCAGGGUCUCAGCAGGCGGUAACCGAGGCCCAGGCCAAGAGCGCCGCCCUGCAGGAGCAGCUAUCACUGCAGAGACAGCUGCUCCGAGAGCUGGAGACACAGCUGCAUGAGUCCCAGAGGACCAGCACCCAGCUCCGAGCUCAGCUGCGUGCGGACCGCAGCCGUAUCUGCGGCCUGCUCUCCAAGGCCGUCGGAAGGGGCAAUGGCGAGAUCAUUUGCAGGUUAUCUAAGAUCCUGGUGUACGAGGGGGAGAUGGAGCGGGCCCAGGGCCAGUUGGAGGCUGAAAUGCAGAACCUGGAGGAAGAGAAGAACAGGGUGAUCGAAGAGGCCUUCAUCAGGGCUGAAAGUGAGAUGAAGGCCGUGCAUGAGAACCUGGCAGGUGUGCGUAUGAACCUUUUGACGCUUCAGCCAGCCCUGCGUACUCUCACCUGUGACUACAACUGUCUGAAGAGGCAGGUUCAGGACUUCCCCUUCAUGCUGGACAAGGCCAUGACCGAGGCCAAGCAGGAGAUCUGCCAGGUGAUAGGUGAGGUGAGCAGUGCCAACCAAGAGCUGCUGAGGAAGUACAAGAGAGAGAUGAACCUGAGGAAGAAAUGCCACAACGAGUUGGUGCGCCUCAAAGGUAACAUCAGGGUGUUCUGUCGGGUGCGGCCGGUGUGCCGGGGGGAGCAUGAUUCUGCCGAAAACAUGGUCAGCUUUGACCCAGAUGACGAUGCCCUUCUCUACCUCUCCAACAAGGGCAAACUGAUGACAUUUGAACUGGACAAGGUGUUCCACCCUCAGGCCACGCAGGAAGGGGUGUUCCAGGAGGUCCAGUCCCUGGUGACAUCCUGUAUUGAUGGCUUUAACGUAUGCAUCUUCGCCUACGGACAGACAGGCUCAGGAAAGACCUACACCAUGGAGGGUGUGGCCAAGGACCCAGGUAUUAACCAGAGGGCUCUCAGACUGCUGUUCUCUGAGGUGACUGAGAAAGCGCCCGACUGGGACUUCAAGAUCACUGUUAGCAUGGUGGAGAUCUACAACGAAACCCUACGGAACCUUUUGGGGGACAACCAGGGGGAGAAGCUGGACAUUAAGAUGAAUCCAGAUGGUAGCGGUCAGCUCUAUGUGCCGGGCCUCACGGAGUUCACUGUCCAGAGCCCUGAGGACAUCAACAGGGUGUUUGAGCUGGGUCACAUGAACAGGGCCACAGCCUGCACCAAUCUGAACGAACACAGCUCCCGCUCUCACGCCCUCCUCAUCAUCACCGUAGCAGGCGUCAACUUCUCCACCGGGCACCGCACUCAAGGUAAACUGAACCUGGUUGACCUGGCUGGCUCAGAGCGGAUUGCUAAGUCCGGGGCAGAGGGCAGCCGCCUGCGAGAGGCCCAGUGCAUCAAUAAGUCCCUGUCGGCCCUGGGUGACGUCAUCAAUGCGCUGCGGAGCCGACACUCCCACGUGCCCUUCAGGAACUCCCGGCUCACCUACCUGCUGUCUGACUCACUGAGCGGGGACAGCAAGACCCUGAUGAUGGUGCAGGUGUCUCCCCUGGUCUGUAACAUGAGUGAGUCGGUGUGCUCUCUGAAGUUUGCCCAGCGGGUUCGGACCAUCGAGCUGGGCAACGCCACCAGGAGACAGUGGGAGAACUCCUCCACCACCUCCUCGCCCACCCACGACAGCGUGGAGCUGGACUCUCCCCCGGUGACUCCCGCGCCCCUCCCUAUCUCCCGGGCCAGCAGUGCCGGCUCCACCCUCUCCGCCUCCUCCAAAACCCCCACCACACGACGGAGGUCUCAGUCCCAGCUCUCUGCAGACAGGCUGUUAGGCAGAGCCAGCCCAUUGGUGGGGGACGGUGGGCAGGACGAUUGAAACUGUCUGUCUGAAGGCUCCAAUGGAUCCGGACCCUGACCCAGUCAGCCAUUGGGCCUUCUGAACAGGAGGGUGUUAACCAGCACCGUGACCCACCAAUAGGUUGUUCCCAAAGCAGAGAGUUUCUAUCUCCUUCUGCUGAUCUCACUCAGCCAAUGGGUGAGAGAAACUGGACUAGACAAAUUAUCAGAUUGAGAGGAUGGUGACAUUUCAUUUAUUGAGCUGUUUGAACAGCAGAGGGAUGAAGAGGGGGAUACGAACUUUGACCCUCGUGGAAGGCCCAUACCAAGACUCUGUCCCGAUGCUCUAAAAUGGCCUCCAAGUCUCCUUUUCUUCAUUACCACUGAUAGCUGACAGGAAUGGAUAGGUGUUAAUUUUAGCCAGGACUGUUGUACAGCCCCCCAUAUCUUAACUACGUGUCCUCGUUUAUACCCCUCAAGGAACACAACACCCCAGACUGCAAGACACACCUGUCUGUCUUCCACACCUGACUAGGGGCCAAAGUGGAGGAGCACCUGAGAGUAACACAGGCCCCUGUCCUAAAAACAACUCUCAUUAAAAAAAAACUAUACUCCUCACAGCCCAGAACAACUCCACCACACCUUCACCUUUGACCCUUCAACUGGGCCUGUGAUCUAUUCUCCCAUUGGCCAAUGUAUUGUCGGCCCCUCACAAUAAUGCCACACCCACACCCUUAGUGCUAACCAAUCCCUUCGUCCCAUGAUCCACUAACAGUAUAGCCCUUUCAAUCACAGUAUUUCUGGGUAAAAAUGCACUUUAAACAAGGCUGAUACCUUCUUGAUGUGUUUUAGAACAAUGCUCCAGUUACGGAUUAUGAUAAUAUGCAUAUACAGUAUAUAUCUGUGUUUGAGAUUUUUUUUUUUUAUCCCUUUAGACUCCAUUGUGGGUUUUUUUUGGGGGGGGGGUUACAAGGUCUCCUGGUCUCCUUCCACACUUUCUCCCCCUCAUCCAAUCAGGGUACUCUACAGAUAUGGAGCUGGGCUUCUUUUGCCCUGUAGGACGCAAGCAAUAAGAGACGUGAGUGCAGAGAGCGUUUAACUUCCUGUGUAGCCGUUUGUGUUUUAGAUUAGAUUUCUCCAGGGCAAUACAGAGCAGCCACUGCAUGGAAACGUUCAUGUUGUCGUGUUUCUUGUACCGAGUGAAUAAAGCUAGACGAUUCAAACUCCCUGCCAGACAGGAAAUGCCAUUCCUGUUAUUGGAUGCUGCCUGUUGAAGUUGCCCAGAGGCACAGAUCUAGGAUUAGUUUCUUCUACCCAAAUUCUAAAGUUAUCCAAUAGGGACACAACACAAAACUGACCCUAGAUCUGCAUCCAAGACAGCUUAAAUCCUACUCCCUAUGGCUGACCACAAGCAACCAAUGACAACAGAUCGCCUCACGGAACAGACACUGCUGCCCCUGAGGGAGUGAUCAAGCUUGUGAACUGUAUUUGAAAAUGCAUUGUGUAAAUAGGAAUGCUUUGUACAUUUGAUCAGCUGAUCAAUACAUAUCAGCUAAUUGACCGUGUGUCUUCAAUGUUAAACCAAUGUUCCCUCCAAUACCAGGAUGUCCGAGGAACAUUGAGGACACGCUGCAUCGUGUUGGUUGUUGAUGGAUAUCUCUACUUGCUUUUGUCUUUGUUGUUGUGGAAACCUUCUGCGGCAGUCUUGAUUUUGUACACCCUUUUUUAAUAAACACUCAAUACGAAAUUAAA